AUUUUAAAAUUAAUAAAGCAGUUUUGCAGAAGUGACAUCGCUGUGUGAGCAAUCCUUCCAUCAUUUUGCAUGAUAAUAUACAUUGUUAUGUGGCUGGAAAUGUUAAUAAUGUUUUUUAAUGGUGUCUUCUGGGGCUGAGAGGCACUUUAUCACCUGACUUGAGUCCCUGUGACUAAUUUGUUCUCAGAGAUGAAAGCACCUCACUAAGGCAAGCAGUUCAACCAUUUCAUUUGGACUAUCAACACAUUAGGGUCUGCUGAUGACAUUUGACUUUCUUAUUGAUGACAAUGGAUAGUCAACAAUGCUGGUGACUACACUGAAAUCUUGUGAACUGCAUAAGCUUAUUGGAAUAAUUGGUGGUUCAGGAUUGGAUGAUCCGGAUAUUAUUAAUAAUCGUAAGGAGUUGCAUAUUACAACACCAUUUGGAAAUCCAUCCGAUGUUUUGAUAGAAGGAAAAAUAAAAGACGUUGACUGUGUUCUAUUAGCUAGACAUGCAAGAAAUCACAGUAUUAUGCCUUCUAAUAUAAAUUAUAGAGCUAAUAUAUGGGCUUUAAAAGAAGUCAAUUGUACUCAUAUAUUAGCUACUUCAGCUUGCGGUUCUUUAAGAGAAGAAAUUCAUCCUGGGGAUUUAGUAUUUCCUGAUCAAUUUAUUGAUAGAACAACCAAAAGAGCUAGCACUUUUUAUGAUGGUUCUCCAUCUUCUCCACUAGGUGUAUGCCACAUUCCAAUGCACAUGCCAUUUUGCUCUGAUACAAGAAAGGUAGUAGUUCUUGCAAGGGAGAUAGGAAUACCUUAUGCAUUAAUAGCAAUGGCUACUGACUAUGACUGUUGGUAUAGCAGAAGUGAAGCGGUUAGUGUAGAAAAAGUUCUGUCUGUGUUACAAGGCAAUGUACAUAAGACGACAAAAUUAAUUCUGAAUGUUAUUCCAAAAAUAAAUAAAGACGACUGGAGUGAAAUUCUAGAGAAGCUAAAGAAUGAAGCUAGCUCUGCAGUUAUGGUUCCUAAGAAAUAAUAGUAAUAUAUGAUGAUAACGUUACAUAUUUAACAUUUUUUUAUUAUUAUUUGAAUAUUCUUUUUAUACAUCAAAAUCAAGAAUCUGCUCACAAUUAUUGUUAAUAAAUAUAAACUUGUUAUUCUAGAUAAACUUUGAAAUAAAUUUCCAUUUAUAUAACAUU